CACGUAUAUACCAUAUUUCUUCCAUUUCCUUGAUAUCUCUGAAUCUUCCUCAGAUUUUACUCUCUCUUUUCUCUAUCUAUCUGCUAAUUCUCCAUUGAAUUCUCCGGCGUUAGAUCACAGAAAACUAGGUGCUCGUUUCAAAUGGCAGCGAGGACGGAUCUGGACAGGAGGCCGAUCAAGCCGCUAACGAUAUGCAUGAUUGGAGCCGGAGGCUUCAUUGGUUCUCACCUUUGCGAAAAACUGAUGACGGACACGCCGCAUAAGGUGCUUGCAUUGGAUGUUUACAAUGACAAGAUUAAGCACCUCCUUGAGCCCGACUCUCUCUCUUGGGCUGGCCGUAUCCAGUUCCACCGAAUUAACAUCAAGCACGAUUCUAGGCUAGAAGGCCUCAUCAAGAUGGCCGAUCUCAUUAUAAAUCUUGCGGCGAUCUGUACUCCGGCGGAUUAUAAUACGCGUCCACUCGAUACAGUUUACAGCAAUUUCAUUGAUGCACUUCCUGUAGUGAAGUACUGUUCUGAAAACAACAAACGUCUCAUUCACUUCUCUACUUGUGAAGUUUAUGGCAAAACCAUUGGAAGCUUCCUUCCUAAAGAUUCUCCUCUCCGUAAGGAUCCUGCGUAUUAUGUUCUUAAGGAAGACACUUCGCCCUGCAUUUUUGGCUCGAUUGAGAAGCAGAGGUGGUCAUAUGCAUGUGCUAAGCAAUUGAUUGAGAGGCUAAUCUAUGCUGAGGGUGCAGAGAAUGACCUUAAGUUCACCAUUGUGAGGCCUUUUAACUGGAUUGGACCUAGGAUGGAUUUCAUCCCUGGCAUUGAUGGUCCAAGUGAGGGAGUUCCAAGAGUUCUGGCAUGCUUUAGUAAUAAUCUCCUACGACGUGAGCCACUUAAGCUUGUUGAUGGUGGCCAAUCCCAGCGAACUUUUGUUUACAUAAAGGAUGCUAUUGAAGCUGUUCUCUUGAUGAUUGAAAACCCUGACAGGGCCAAUGGUCAUAUUUUCAAUGUGGGUAACCCGAACAAUGAAGUCACAGUUCGGCAACUUGCUGAAAUCAUGAUUCAGGUCUAUACCAAGGUUAGUGGAGAACCUGCUCUGGAAGUGCCAACUAUUGACGUCAGCUCCAAACAAUUUUAUGGCGAAGGAUACGACGAUAGCGACAAGAGAAUUCCAGACAUGACCAUAAUAAAUAAACAACUGGGUUGGAACCCCAAGACAUCACUUUGGGACUUGCUUAACUCGACUCUUACCUACCAACACAGGACUUACGCCGAAGCUAUUAAGAAGUCAAUGGCAAAACCUACCGCAUCCUAAAGGGACAAAAUGUUUAGACUGCACCUUAGUAAGCACUCGCAUCGAAUAUGCUUUUGUUCGCUAAUGUUUCAAUUCUUAAUUCUUUUUAGGAACGUCUUAAAUAUACAUCUUCAUUGUUGAUUUUCGUUGUAUGUUAAAUGCUUUUCAUCUCAGUAUGGUAUUUUACGAUGGAAACAUUAGAUUUGUUGUGUUAGCUUGUUGGGGGCUGUAAUUGUUUCAUUGGGGCGAUUUGCAUGCGAAUCCAUUUUCUUACUUCAGGGUUGUGUUGUAAUCCAUAAGCCCCCUCAGGUCCAUAUUUCUUAAAUUAUCAUAUUUUAUAGUUUUUCGCAGUUAAGUUGAA